CCGUAAUUACUCUCUUUCUUCAGAAACGCAAAAAUCGCCUCGACAGAUCGGAGCUCAGGGAGAGGUUUAAAGCGUCUCUGCGUUUGGCUUUCCUCGUGAAGGACGGAUUUUGCGGUGGCAAUGGAUGGAAACGAAGGAGAAGCGGUGAGAAUGGAGGAAUGCAAGGCAAAAGUGGUGUAUAUGUGCGGUUACCUGCCGGGAGUUUCGGAGGAGAAAUCGCCGAUUUUGUCCCCAAUUCCGAUUCGGUUACCGCCGUCGAGUCAGGGAGGAGAUACGUGGAAGGAUGUUUGCGGCGGCGGUUGCGGAUUCGCCAUGGCUAUUUCAGAGUCUGGAAAGCUGAUAACAUGGGGUUCAGUUGAUGAUGAAGGGCAGACCUACUUGACUUCUGGGAAGCACGGGGAAAUUCCAGAGCCAUUUCCUCUGCCAGCUGAGGCUUCAAUAGUGCAGGCUGCUGCUGGUUGGGCCCAUUGUGUUGCUGUUGCAGAUACUGGUGAAGUUUAUACAUGGGGUUGGAAGGAGUGUGUUCCCUCUGGAAAAGUCACCCGUGAUUUGGUUAGUGGUGGGAGCUUCCAAAAGGAUAUUGCUGGUAAACCAAACACUUUGCCAACUGAGCAAGUGAGCCCAAGGUCUCGAGGUUCAAACAUAAGCGGUGGGUUGGUUUCUCGAACAGAGAACCGAAAAGCUGGGGAGGAAAUGGCAAAGAGGAGAAGAAUAGCUGCAGCAAAAGAAGAAUCUGAAGGCUUAACAUCUGGAGAUGAAUUUUUCACAGUAUCACCAUGUCUUGUGACUUUAGGCCCUGGAGUGAGGAUCACCAGUGUUGCUGCUGGUGGGCGGCACACUCUAGCACUGUCAGAUAUGGGACAAGUUUGGGGUUGGGGCUAUGGAGGCGAAGGGCAGCUGGGUUUGGGUUCCCGGAUAAAAAUGGUGUCAUCACCUCAUCUCAUACAAUGCAUGGAACCACCUGCUAGCGGGAAAGAGAGGCCUCCAGUAGUUCAUCGAGGAAGCCUGAAUGCACCAGUACAAGUUCCUAAAGCUGCUGGAAGCUACAUUAAGGGAAUUGCUUGUGGAGGCCGGCAUAGUGCUGUAGUAACAGAUAAUGGAGCACUACUUUCUUUUGGCUGGGGACUUUAUGGGCAGUGUGGCCAAGGAAGUACAACUGAUCUUCUGAGACCAACGUGUGUUUCUUCUUUAUCAAGCAUAAAAGUAGAAAGAGUUGCAGCUGGGCUAUGGCAUACUCUGUGUAUUUCUGUUGAUGGCCAUGUGUAUGCUUUUGGGGGAAAUCAGUUUGGACAACUGGGAACUGGUUCUGAUCAGCUUGAGACAUUACCAAAAUUAUUGGAUGCUCCACUUUUGGACGACAAGCACGCAAAAACUGUAUCUUGUGGAGCUCGGCAUAGUGCGAUACUAACAGGUAUGACCACACAACUAAAUGAUCCAGCUUAAGUAGUUUCAAUAGGGUUUCAGGCUGACAUCCUAUUCGAGCUAUUUUUGUUUAACUGGACCCCAACCCUGGUAUGAAUAUUUCUGGAUGGACUUGAUAUUGCACCAUGUAGUGCAUAUAGUUAUACUGAAAAUAUAAUGAAGGAAUUUACAUGGAUUAAGGAUGUUGGAUAUUUUGGUUUAUUGGUUCAACCAAUAGUUAAAACACAAUUGUCUUAGACUUCACAACAUUUUGAUGACAAUUUCUUUGAUGUUGUAUCUUGUUUUCUUCUUCAAGAUGAUGGUGGAGUACUUAGCUGGGGGUGGAACAAGUAUGGCCAGGUAUGAUUUCCACACCCAAGUACAUAUUGCCAUAGAGGGCUGCAGAUUCAUUUAAAAGUCUGAAAUUCUUUGCCUGCAGCUUGGUCUGGGUGAUACAAUUGAUCGUAACAUUCCUUCCCAAGUUCCCAUUGAAGGUUGGCUGCCUGAAGACGUUGCAUGUGGUUGGUGGCACACAUUACUACUGGCAGAGACACCCCCUUGAGUCCCAAAUUCUUUUCACUAGACCAAACAGGUGACAGUUUUGGUAGGAUAGAGAUGUCCGACUAGUCAGGACCCUACAAUGUAUUAUUCAUCUCUAGAUAGUCAGUGUACAUAAAGUUCUAUGCAUAUGCAGCCCGUAAGCAUGUGCUCAUUCUUUCAUGAAUUAGUUUAUCAAAAACAUUAUAUCAUAACGGGAACUUCAUUAACUCUGUACACAGACAGUAAGUGUGGUACUGAAACAUCAGAUGCUUUGUAGGUUUGUAAUUUCACUGCUUAGCAAUGCAAUGGUGUUUGCAAUUCUGAACGUUCAACUCCAUGUUGCCAUUAAAAUUUUCCAUGGUAG